AUGCGACUGUUUGAUCUGACUGCGUCGCUGGCCGACCUCGUCCUUGCAUGGUUUUUGAUCAGGCUUGGUAACGACGAGGAGCAAUCUCUGGAUUGGCUCGUCUAUUCCGAAAAGAAGGCUACGGUGGAUCGUCACGCUGGCGGCAGGGGCCAAUUCGAGAAUCUCCUCUUCUUCUUCUUUCAGAAUGUCAAGAUUUUUGAUCCACCAUCCCCGGAACGAAUUGAAAAACUCUGUGCCUGGUUCUACGUUCUACCGAAAGUCGAGUUCAGAGGCAUCGAUAUCACGAGUGCUGCCCGCCAGAUACUUGUGCAUUUCAUAGGUGCGCGAGUUUUACGUUUAUCAUUUGGUGACCAUGAAUGCCUCAAGCAUUUCAUUGAAGACCACUUGCAAAUCUUCCACAACUUUCGACUGUAUCUGCGAUCAAACAUCUACAAUUGUCACAACGUGAGCGCGCUCAUUGGUCGCCUGCUGUUCACUUGGACGAGAACGAGCGAAGGGCAGCGUGAUCAUGACGAGCUCAAGGAGCUGUGCAAAUUCACCGGCAACAGUUUCGCGGAGCACGUCAAGUCCACACUCGGCUCAAGCAACUCUUGUGAAGACGAGCGCCAGCUUUUGUUUCAUGCCGCAGCCAGAGUGUUCGGGGAAGAUUUCAGUGGCCAGUUUGUGACCCUGUGCGCGAACUCGCAGUGGGAGGACAAUGCCAAGCUCUUGCAGACAAGCGAGCUUGGAGAAAUCAUGGAGUUGGCGAAGCAGGGACAGUUCCAAGUUGCUAAUCCUCUCCCCAAGAAGGUUGUGACCAGUCGUUGGCUCGGUGAAAUAAUCCUCUGCUUCUAGCU